GGACAUUUAAGGAAUAUUUUUGUUGUUAUAGAAAGAUAACUCAUACUGGUUACGAGUCACAAUAAACAAUGAUCAUUAAAACCAGUCUUCUAAAAACACACUUCUGAAAUAAUAACAGUUACCAGACUAUUUGUUUUUAUUCUUUGAGCGAAAAUGUUGUUUUUAUGUAUACAAAUCUUGAAGGCGGCUAUUUGUCAAUUUUCGUUAUGUAUGUAUGUAAAUAUUAAUACAUAGGAUACUAAUACAUUUGUUUAUACAUAUACCUAUGUAUAACGAAAUGAAUACCCGUUAAAUCCGCAAAAACAGUAGUCUAAUAGGCGGAUGGUGGAGUCCAGCAGCUUAUGCAGUUGCGAAUUGAUUAUAUAGAAAUCAAUUUGUGUGAAGCUCGCAAAGCAUUAAGACGUCCCAAGUGGAUCGCUAAGAGACUGGUAUUUAUUUCACUAUAACUCAGAGUGUCUUGUACAAGUUUUCUUUCCAACUUAAAUUCUAUUUAAAAAAAAACACGCGACUUUUUUUUUAAAUCAAAAUGAUGCACACUGUCCGAAGCAAUGCUGAUUUCGACAGACAAUUGUCGGCCGCUGGCGGUCGUUUGGUGGUCGUCGACUUUACAGCCAGUUGGUGUGGUCCUUGCAAAUGCAUUGAACCUAAGGUUAGAGCGCUUUCGAAAAAGUAUAAGGACCGCGCUGUCGUACUAAAAGUGGACGUGGACAAGUGCAGUAAUGUAGCACAUGAUUACAGAGUUUCCUGCAUGCCGACAUUUGUAUUCAUAAGAAACGGUCGUAAGAUAGAUCGUCUUUCAGGAGCUGAUGAAAGGGAGUUGGAGUAUAAAAUGUCGAAAAUGGCAAGAGCUAAGUGAGCAAGAGAAUUUAAGCGUUAAGAAAAUGAUUAAAUUUUGUAUUCUGAUUGUUUUGUGAUUAUAAUUGUGAAAAUUAAUGUUUUUUGUAUUGUACUGAAGUUGAUGAACGUUAUUGUAAUCUUUUAAAAUUUGUAAAAUGCAUCUGGUAUGACAUUCAAUUUUUUUAUUAAUAUUGUACAACUAUAAAGUUAAAAAUCUUACGAUUAACUGAGAAUAAA